GCAUGCAGGCAGCGAUGCAGGCAGCGAGCCAGAUGGCGAGGGUAGGAAGCAAGGUGGGCGGUCGAAGGGGUAGUAACGGAUAGUAAGGGGAGUCGGGGGUGUUGGGAAGGGGAGGUGGCGGCGUACAGGGGGCGGCAGGCUGGUGCGUCAGAGCCUGCAGUGAGCCCGGCAGUGAGGCGAAACGUUGGGCUCCGCGCGGGAGUCUCGUGGCCGCCCGCCUUUUCUUUUAAGUCGGGGUGCCUUUUUCCUUACACCCCCCCCCCGCCCCUCUUCUCGUCGCCCUCGCGGCUCUACGGACCCAUCGUCGCUCUCUUUUUCAAGGCACACGCGAGUUACCUCGCUUUGCGACUCCGUUGAUCGUUUACGUCCGCGUUACGAUCACCACGAUGGCAGUCGAACGGGGAAGACGAGCAAGUGGCAACGUCGCAAUUAGUUGGAAUUAAACGUCCGCGCGGAAAUGUCGAUCGGGAUCGGGAGGUGGAUGAAGGUCGAGAUCGAGCUUGUGCGUGACCACGUAUCCUCAUCGUGGAGAACAACGACCGUGUGGCUGGCUUGAGGCCAAUACAAGUCUAGUUUAAGGGGGUGAACGUGAAAAUCAGGUGGAUAGUGGGGGUGGAGGUGGACUCGAGGAGGGAGAAUAGAAGGCGAACAGGAAGGAAGGAAGGAAGGAAGGAAGGAAGGAAGGAAGACUUGGUGGGCGACAAAGACGUUUUCCUAGUGAAUUUAUUCGUGGUUUUGAUUAUAUCCUCUGUGUGCAAGAUGCGCUCGCGACGCCGUGACGGCGGCUGAAGGACGAAGAAAACGAGCGGCUCGUACAGCCCUCGAUUCCACGUGUCGAAUUCCCCGUCCUUUUGUUUUUUUUCUUUUCCAACGAGACUCGACGAGAAAGCGCACUGCGGAGUCAUCCCGUCCUCGCUUAUCUCCUCGAGAUUUUACCGAUUCGCCGCGAGAAACAGUCAAGGUCACGCAACGCGACAGCCGUGAAAGAAUAACCCAAGGCGACAGACACGGAGUCACGAAGAAACGCGGGAUUGCAAAAGGAGGGGGGGCGGAAGAAAGGAGGAGGGGACGAGGCAAAGCGAAGAGCGAGCAAGUGGAAGAAGCGGAGAAAAGAGGCGAGAGGGCGCGGUACGACGCUUAAGAACGUACGUACGUAAAAUUUCAGAGACCAGAGGAGAGAAAGAGAAAGAGAAAGAGAAAAAGAAAAAAAAAGAAGCCAGAGUGUCGCUAAGACAGAGUAUAUCUAAACGGAGUAUAAUAUGCAGUUAGAGGGGAAGGGGUGCGGGGCCGAAAAAGCCUUGUGAAGAAACUAAGGAUUAGAUGGUGGAGGUGCUCGAGGGGCGGGCUAGGGAGCCUACGGGGCCGAUCAAGGCACCUCGCACCUACCCAGGGCCAGGCAGCCCUGGAAACAGCCUCCUCCAGGUCCUCGACGCCGAAACAAAUCCGCAACUGCGUCCGCGGCUGCGUCCCUCUUACCUCGCUUCCGAUGCUCUCUUAAGGUCCCUCGCUCUUCUCCAGACCAGAGGCCAGAUAUCACCGAGAUCCCGAUUCUCGUCGAGCGUGGUGGUCGAGGGCAGUGACAACCUCGUGGACAACCUCGGCCUCGAUAGGCCGGGGAUCGAGAUCGCGGCGCGGGAAGCCGCGAAUCGGUUCGGUGGGGAGGGGCAGAAGGAGCGUAGAAGAAGAAGGCGACGGGAAGUAGGCAGGAGAGACGGGAGUUCGGCAAGGAGUGGAUUCGACGGCGAGGAAGGGGGCUCUGACAUUGACAGUGGAAGCGGCGGGGAAGGGGGGGCGAGCGGUGAGGCUUGGAAGAUUCGAAGAUCGGAUCGGUGGUGGGCCGAGUGCGGAUCGGGCAGAGGGGACAACAGGGCGGUCAGGGGGGAGGAUAAAGAGUGGUGGUGGGUAAAAGUGGUGCAGCAGAGGAGGGGAGUGGCCGAGGAGGCAAGGCCGGAGGAUCGUGCGGAGCCCGGGAAGGGCUCCUUAGGAGGGAGCGAGACUGGCGAGCGCAAUGUGGCAAAGCGGCGGCAUGGGCGCCCAUGCGGCCAACAAUCCAUGGAUGAAAUUAAUGGGCAUUGUCCACAAGGAGAGAAGGCAUCACGAUUCGGGCUCUGCCGCUGCCGCCGCUUCCGGUGUUCAGGGCUCUGCGACCACGGGCAGCAACGACCGGACCCUCAAUCAGUGAGUUCGCACCAUUCUCCUUCCCCCUUUCUCUUUCUAGUUGGUAGCGUGUAGUAGAGGAGAUUAUUAUUUUCUUU